GAGGGAGGAGGAACAGGAGGGAGGAGGAGCAGGAGGGAGGAGGACACACCUGCACCGUCACACGCAGCCGCCUUUCGCCGCCCGCCUCGCCUCGCCUGGGCCCCUCGUUCCUCCCUCGCUAAGAUGGCUGACCCCGGCAGCGACGGAGAGGUGGCGGAGGGCGCGCGCGGCUUCGCUCGCCAGGGCGCCCUCCGCCAGAAGAAUGUACACGAAGUGAAGAACCACAAGUUCAUCGCGCGCUUCUUCAAGCAGCCCACCUUCUGUAGCCACUGCACCGACUUCAUCUGGGGCUUUGGCAAGCAGGGCUUCCAGUGCCAAGUCUGCUGCUUUGUGGUCCACAAGCGCUGUCAUGAAUUUGUCACCUUUUCCUGUCCCGGAGCCGACAAGGGGCCCGCCUCAGACCAGGAUCCUCGCAGUAAACACAGAUUCAAGGUGCACACGUACUCCAGCCCCACCUUUUGUGACCACUGCGGUUCACUCCUCUACGGGUUGAUGCACCAGGGCAUGAAAUGUGACCACUGCAUGAUGAACAUCCAUAAGCGCUGCGUGGCUAACGUGCCCAGCCUGUGUGGGACGGAUCACACGGAGAGGAGAGGGCGCAUCCAAAUUUCGGCCGGAAUCAGCGAGGACAGGCUGACCGUCACGAUCAAAGAGGCCAGGAACUUGGUCCCCAUGGACCCCAACGGCCUGUCGGACCCCUACGUGAAGCUCAAACUGGUCCCUGAUCCCAAGAGUGAGAGCAAGCAGAAGACCAAGACCAUCAAAAGCUGCCUCAACCCCACCUGGGAUGAGACCUUCACCUUCAACCUGAAAGAAAGCGACAACGGCCGCCGUCUGUCCGUGGAGAUCUGGGACUGGGACUUGACCAGCAGGAACGACUUCAUGGGCGCUCUGUCUUUUGGCGUCUCGGAGCUGCAGAAACAAGGAGUAGACGGCUGGUUCAAGCUUCUGUCCCAGGAGGAAGGAGAGUAUUUUAACGUUCCCGUGCAGCCCGACGGUGAAGACGGCAAUGAGGAGCUGCGAGAAAAGUUUGCAAGGGCAAAGGUGGGCCCGGGGAAGGCGGCAGACUCCUCCUCCUCUUCCUCAGUCUGCAAGUACGACAGCAACGGCAACCAGGACCGCAUCAAGCUCUCCGACUUCAACUUCAUCAUGGUCCUUGGAAAGGGCAGCUUCGGCAAGGUGAUGCUGGCCGAGAGGAAAGGCACCGACGAGUUGUACGCCGUGAAAAUCCUGAAGAAGGACGUGGUGAUCCAGGACGAUGACGUGGAGUGCACCAUGGUGGAGAAGAGGGUCCUGGCUCUGGCCGGGAAGCCUCCUUUCCUCACACAGCUGCACUCCUGCUUCCAGACCAUGGACCGACUGUAUUUCGUCAUGGAGUAUAUUAACGGAGGGGACCUCAUGUACCAGAUCCAACAAGUGGGGAAGUUCAAGGAGCCCCAUGCUGUCUUCUAUGCCGCCGAGAUCGCCGCCGGCCUCUUUUUCCUCCACGUCAAAGGGAUCGUGUAUCGGGACCUGAAGUUGGACAACGUGAUGCUGGACUCCGAAGGCCACAUAAAGAUCACCGACUUCGGCAUGUGCAAAGAGAACAUGAACGACGGCGUCACCACAAAGACGUUUUGCGGAACCCCAGACUACAUCGCGCCCGAGAUCAUAGCCUACCAGCCCUAUGGCAAGUCUGUAGACUGGUGGGCCUUUGGAGUUCUACUCUAUGAGAUGCUGGCAGGGCAGCCACCUUUCGACGGAGAGGACGAGGACGAGUUGUUCCAGUCCAUCAUGGAGCAUCACGUCUCAUACCCGAAAUCCAUGUCCAAAGAGGCGGUCGCCAUCUGCAAGGGGCUGAUGACCAAGAAUCCAGGCAAGCGUCUGGGCUGUGGCCCCGAGGGCGAGAGGGACAUCAAGGAGCACGCCUUCUUCCGCUACAUCGACUGGGAAAAACUGGAGAGCAAAGAGGUCCAGCCGCCUUUCAAGCCCAGAUCUUGCGGGCGUGACGCGGAGAACUUUGACCGCUUUUUCACACGCCACCCCCCAGAGCUGACCCCCCCAGAUCAGGAGCUUAUAGCCAACUUGGACCAGGACGAGUUCCAAGGCUUCUCAUUUCUUAACCCUGAGUACCCUCACACUUCUCACUGAGCGUGCCACACUUACACGCCAACCCCCGCCGCGCUCCGACUCCCAGAUAAGACAGCCGGGGGGAAGUCGCCACGGUCGCUCACGUCCGGGUUCGGGGAAGGGGAAGUGAGCGUUGUCCGCUGGGAGCUCCGACAAAAUCCAACUACCUUGGUUUGUGGCCGGAAGAAGAACACGCCAGCUUUGAGCUGCAGCCGCGCUGACUUCAACUAUGGCAAGCUUCACUCGGCUCAACGCCAUGCUGACAUGGAAACGGGAGUUCAGAAAAUACUAGUGGUAUUAAAGAAAUGAUUGCAAUCAAUUACCGUAUUUUCCGGGCUAUAGAAUGUACCGAUAUUCAAGCCGCACCCACCAAAUUUUAAAAUAAAUAAAUAUUUUUACAUAUUAGCCGCACCACCCAAUAAGCCGGAAUAAAAAAAUAUAUUUGUAAAUGUUUAUUUUCAUUGUUUCCAAACAGGGCAGUAAAACGGCUGAUCAGACAAAACAGAAGUCAUGGUCAAGCUGCAAAAGCUAGCUCUCCAAUCGGCUAAACGGAAGUGAAAGAAUACAAAAAUAAGUAAGUUAAUAAUACUAACACAACAACUUGUUAAAGUGAUAUAUUUGCUGAAUAUAACGAUGCUAGCCUGAUUACAUUACGAUAGCACGUACCAAUAUGCAUGAAAACACGCCCACACACGUCACACGUGGGACGCUUUAGUCCAUACGAAUUGUUUUAGUUAUAUUGUAAAACACACAGGUGUCGCUCGGAAUGAAGAAUGCUUUCGAUCAGAACGGACUGUUGUAUUUCCGGUUCAAGGCAUUACAACAGGAAGUACAUUUUCAACCUGUAGUGAGCAAACUGGUCCAAAAGAUGGCGCCAUAGCACAAACAACAAAACACCUUUUCAGCGUCUCUGUCGGCGUUACACGUCAAGUUUUUUCUUGAAGACAAAACAUUACAGCCGUUGGCGAAGAAAUAAAGUAGCCGCACCCACCAAAUUUUAAAAUAAAUAAAUAAAUAUUUUUACAUAUAUUAGCCGCACCACCCAAUAAGCCGGGAUAAAAUAUACUUGUAAAUGUUUAUUUACAUGAAUUGUUUCCAAACAGGGCAGUAAAACGGCUGAUUAAACAAAACAGAAGUCAUGGUCAAGCUGCGAAAGCUAGCUCUCCAAUCGGCUAAACAGACUCAAAGGUGAAUUUACGGAAGUGAAAGAAUACAAAAAUAAGUAAGUUAAUGAUACUAACACGGAUACUUGUUAAUGUGUUAGCAUAUUCGCUGAAGCUAACGGCGCUAGCCUGAUUACAUUACGAUACAACGUACCAAUAUGCAUGAAAACACUCCCACGCAUGUCAAACGUGGGACACGUUAGUCCGUACGAAUUGUUUUAGUUUUAUUGAAAAACUCACAGGUGUCGCUCGGAAUGAAGAAUGCUUUCGAGCAGAAUGGACUGUUGUACUUCCAGUUCAAGGCAUUACAACAGGAAGUACAUUUUCAACCUGCAGUGAGCAAACUGGUCCAAAAGAUGGCGCCUUAGCACAAACAACAAAACACCUUUUCAGCGUCUCUGUCGGCGUUACACGCAAGUUUAUUCUUGGAUACAAAACAUUACGGCCGUUGGCGAACAAAUAAAAUAGCCGCACCCACCAAAUUUUAAAAGAAAUAAAUAUUUUUACAUAUAUUAGCCACACAACCCAAUAAACCGGGAUAAAAUAUACUUGUAAAUGUUUAUUUACAUUAAUUGUUUCCAAACAGGGCAGUAAAACGGCUGAUUAAACAAAACAAAAGUCAUGGUCAAGCUGCGAAAGCUAGCUCUCCAAUCGGCUAAACGGAAGUGAAAGAAUACAAAAAUGAGUAAGUUAAUAAUACUAACACAACAACUUGUUAAUGUGAUAUAUCAUAUUUGCUGAAGCUAACAAUGCUAGCCUGAAUACAUUACGAUACCACGUACCAAUAUGCAUGAAAACACUCCUAUGCACGUCACACGUGGGACGCUUUAGUCCGUACGAAUUGUUUUAGUUAUAUUGUAAAACUCACAGGUGUCGCUCGGAAUGAAGAAUGUUUUCGAGCAGAAUGGACUUUUGUACUUCCGGUUUAAGGCAUUACAACAGGAAGUACAUUUUCAACGUGCAGUGAGCAACCUGGUCCAAAAGAUGGCGCCAUAGCACAAACAACAAAACACCUUUUCAGCGUCUCUGUCGGCGUUACACGUCAAGUUAUUUCUUGGAUACAAAACAUUACGGCCGUUGGCGAAGACAUAAAGUAACCGCACCGUUUUAUAAGCCGCAGGGUUCAAAGCUUGGGGAAACUAACUGCUUCUAGUCCGGAAUAUACGGUAAUUACUCAUUCUCACCACAGUUUGAAGUCAAACGGCCAUUUCAGUUCUUUGUUUGUACAGCAAAAUAUUAGCACGACGACGUAAGGAGAUUCAGUAUUGAGAGCUGGAAAAAUAUACCUGAAAAAUUUGCAUGACUACCUUUGCAAAAGCGGAAUAUUUCUUCUAUUCGCUCUGGUUUACUUACCAGCGUGCCAAAGUGCAGCUCAGAAUCAGUCGAGCGGGUGUGCCGACGUCCACCCGCACCAUCGUCUCCACCGACGCUGUCACCUUUUUCUCCCCCUGGCGUUUAUUGUGAGACAGGUGCGUAACACACCUGUCAAAUCCACUUCUCUCGCCUCGUCGGAAGGGCUGUUGUCGUCCCGGUUUUUGUUGCCACGGCAACAAUUUGCUCCAGACAGACAGAUGAUAACAAACCAAGUACAGUACAAAGCGGGAAACACGUGAAGAUUUUUAAAUGAAUAUAUCAAAUGUUAUUGUUGUGGAGGAAAGAAAGAAGCUUCCAUGGAUUGUCUUGUUCUGUAUGACUGGAAAUGAAAAUAUACUCACUGGCGCCGAU